AUGGAACCGGCUGCGAUUGCUUCGGGGCAUAACUUAAACUGGUCUUUGCCGACCACUUUUGGAAACAUUUUCGCCUAUGGCCAAGCUAAUAUAAUAAUGUCUGUACAGGUGCGUUUCUCAAUGACUUUGUGUGAUUCUGCAUGGUCAACGGCGAAAUCGCUUACCGUAGAGGAGCGAGUUGUAAAUGUCGCAAGGGUAUCAUUUUAUCUCGGCAAUCGCGAACAGCAUUCGCAGGGUGGUCGACACCAGUUCUGUGCCCGGCAAAUGCGGCUAUUCACUCGGUUAGGCCUGCUUUCCAGUCCUUCAAAAACUCCGGGAAUGACUGGAAUUGCCAGCGCAAAACAACGAUUGCUGAAGCCAGAACGGAUUGUGAACGAGCGAGCAAACCCCAGCGUGGUCAUACAAGCCCCGCCACAACUCCACUACCCCUCGAAUGCUAUCAUCAUGAAGAGUUGCGUGGUGCGAGUCAACCAGAGAACGACCAAGCAUUGGUCAUGGCAUGAAAACGAUCCAGACUUAUGGCACAUCUUCGAAGGUAGCGGAUUCUGGAUCGAUUUUUUUUUGUCAUCCAAAGGCCAUCAUGUUGCGAGCGACGCGUUCAACGAGCCUCUCAGGUCCGGCUGUUUGGGUACAGCGUGCUCAAUUUUGGGCCUGAUCUUUGAACAACAUCCAUCUUUCAGCAACGUACACGUCAAUACAGAUGCCAAAAUUUCCAUGCCGAAGGUCAUUCUCACUGCGAAUUGUCACGCGAGUAGUCCUAGCCGAAGCUGCUCCAUCACGGCAAACGGCGGACUGACAACCAGAGCAUCAAGACCAUUGCUCCCCGUGGGGCUCCACAAACAGCAUGCAACCAGGGUGGGUGGGGGGAUCGUUGGUCCGGCCGUCAGACAUGAUCGCAGCAACGAGUCGACCGCAGCCUCUCGCACUGGUCCUGACUGUGUCUCCUCGAAACGCGUCUCGAUGGGUCAAGAUGCCAUAUUUUUACCAGAGUUGCGCAGCUUGGAGGUACCGUGGGAGAUUCGGGAUGCCACGACGAUUGUAUUGGCCUUACGAUUUCUCGCGAGACAUAUCAAUUGUAGUAAGAAAGCCAACAUUUGGUGGACGCGUCGAAAAUAUCACGCACAGCGCACUCUGUACGCAGAUAACACGCAGCAAACUCAUGUCUACACCAUCCGCCAUCGCUCUUAG